CAUAAAACAUGAUGAUUUAAUAUUAAGAAUUUUUCAACGUGUUGAAAAGCAAACUCUUCAAAAAAUCCUAGCUGAGGAUGGAACUCCCAAUGUAACUGCCAUAAGUGGAUUAUACAAUGAAUUCAGUCAACAUGGAGGAAAGCAUUUAUUAGCUUCUGAAGUAAGAGAGCUUCUGCUUGGGAACAAUUUAACCAACACAAAUAACAGACAUGUUAAAAGUUUUUGACAAAAAUGGUGACCAAGUUAUAACUAAAGAAGAAUUUGUUGAUGGAUUAACAGAAUAUAUUAACCAAACAAAGCAUGCUUUGGAUAGACAGUACCUUCCUAAAGAAUCUAUGAACAAAAUGUAUCAGACAUUUAUCAAGCCGUGGAUCGAACACGUACGAAAAGAACGCGAAUUGAAGGGACAUCUUAUUUCUGGAGUCUUAAAUCAUGCUCAGAAUGAUAUGGUUGGUAGGAUGCUCAAAGAUGAUGGCACACCUGAUAAAGAUGCUAUCAAAAGGUUGUUUGAGGAAGUUGAUAGCAAUAGUGAUAAACAUGUUUCGAGAAUUGAGUUAGAGAAAGUAGUGAAGGAUAUUCAGUUUGGUAAGGUUGUAGAUGCAGAGGAAGCAGUGACAAAACUCCUUCAAGAUCUUGAUGUCAAUAGAGACGAUGAAAUUAGUGAGAAUGAAUUUGUUGAUGGCUUCACCAAAUGGAUACACUCAAAUUCAAAUAAAACUGCUAGCUCUAAAUCUUCAUCUCAUGGAACUCAUCAAACAUGGGAAGAUGUUGAGAAGGUAAUGGAAGAGAAUCAAUCAAAAGGGGUGUCUGCAUGGUUAGAAGCUAUAGCAUAUGUGGUGUUGGGAAUUACUAUGCUUUCACUUCUUGCUGAGCCCUUAAUAGCAAGUGUCCAAAAAUUCUCUGAAUAUGCAGGAAUUUCAUCAUUUUUUGUCUCAUUUAUUUUAGUACCUUUAGCUACAAAUUUUAGAGAAGCAACCUCAGCAAUCAAAGAAGCUAGCCACAAGAAAAGUAGCAACACUUCUCACACAAUGUAUGAGAUUUAUGGAGCAGUGUUCAUGAACAACAUUCUUGGGUUUGUGGUGAUCUCAAUUCUUAUAUACAUGAGAGAUAUCGCAUGGGAAUUUUCAGCUGAUGUAUUGGUGGUAGCAAUUGUUUGUAUUGUGAUGGGCCUUGCUGCUACUUUUCGCAACACUUUUCCUCUUUGGACAUCUUUCCCUGCAUACCUCUUGUACCUAUUAUCAUUGCUUUUGGUUUUUGUUCUUAAAGAUGUUCUCAAUUAUGUUUAGUGUCUUUUUGCUAGCAACAACACUAAAUGAAAUUGCAAACUCUUUAUGUGGGUUAUUAGAAAA